AUGAUUUGCAUUUUGUUUUAAGUCAUCCUUUUAUAAGGAUUGGAUAAGUUUAUUGUAUUUGAUAUCAUUUCUAUGCUUUUUAUAAAUUAAGUUCAAAAUUAAAUUCAAAUCACAACUUUCUUUUACGAUUAUAUAAAAACAAAUUAAAAAUUUAUAUCAGCGAAUAUAUCAAUGAAGCAACAAUACCAUCUGGUUAUGUAAGAAUUAAGAAUUGCAGCACAACAAUUGUUGUAUGAUGAGGUGACUUUAUUCAAGUACUUGAGCAUUAUUAAUUGCUUAAGCAAAUUUUGACUUUAAUUGUUCUGUUUUCUUAACUGUACUUUUCAUAUUACUUUCUCUAAGCAAUUCAAUAAAUUAGUAUGAGAACAAAAUAUACGAUAUGA